AUGACACUCGCCUCUGAGAUAGUCGCACUCCUGACCCUCUCCACCCAUGCGAUGAACCACCUCACGUCGCCCGGCCAGCACGCACUGCUUUCCGCGGAGGAGCGCAAGUCCGCCUUGCUCCAGAUCAUGAUCACGGUGCAAGUGGCGGCGAAGCUCGCGGAGAGCGCGCAUCUGGAUGCGGUGACGCACAACGAACCGGGCGGAGGGGGCAGCGGCGACACGGAGAGGAUCAGGGCCAACACGGAGCGUUUGUAG